CGCAGGCGCGGUUCCCGCCUCCUCGGCCGGCGAGCGAGUGGAGGCUGCAUCCCGGUGCGGCUGACUGUCGCGUCGCCGCCGCCUCCGCCGCGGAGCCCCCCGCCCGGCUGCCCGGAGUCGGAAUGAGCUCCAGGAAAGUGCUGGCCAUUCAGGCCCGAAAGCGGAGGCCGAAAAGAGAGAAACAUCCGAAAAAGCCGGAGCCUCAACAGAAAGCUCCUUUAGUUCCUCCUCCUCCACCGCCACCACCACCACCACCACUGCCAGACCCCACACCCGCAGAGCCAGAGGAAGAGAUUCUCGGAUCAGAUGAUGAGGAGCAGGAGGACCCUGCAGAUUACUGCAAAGGUGGCUAUCAUCCAGUGAAAAUUGGAGACCUCUUCAAUGGUCGCUAUCAUGUCAUUAGGAAGUUAGGAUGGGGGCACUUUUCUACCGUCUGGCUGUGCUGGGAUAUGCAAGGGAAAAGAUUCGUUGCAAUGAAAGUUGUAAAAAGUGCCCAGCAUUACACAGAGACAGCCUUGGAUGAAAUUAAACUGCUCAAAUGUGUUCGAGAAAGUGACCCCAGUGACCCAAACAAAGACAUGGUGGUCCAGCUAAUUGACGACUUCAAGAUCUCAGGCACGAAUGGGAUACAUGUCUGCAUGGUCUUUGAAGUACUUGGUCACCAUCUCCUCAAAUGGAUCAUCAAAUCCAACUAUCAAGGCCUCCCAGUACGUUGUGUGAAGAGUAUCAUUCGACAGGUCCUUCAAGGGUUAGAUUAUCUACACAGUAAGUGCAAGAUAAUUCACACCGACAUAAAGCCAGAAAACAUCUUGAUGUGUGUGGAUGAUGCUUACGUGCGAAGAAUGGCAGCCGAAGCCACUGAGUGGCAGAAAGCAGGUGCUCCUCCUCCCUCUGGGUCUGCAGUGAGUACGGCUCCACAGCAAAAACCUAUAGGAAAAAUAUCUAAAAACAAAAAGAAAAAGCUGAAAAAAAAGCAGAAGAGACAGGCUGAAUUGCUGGAGAAACGCCUACAGGAGAUUGAGGAACUGGAGCGAGAAGCUGAAAGGAAAGUCCUAGAGGAGAACGUCACCUCUGCAGAGGCUUCCAGUGAGCAAGAUGGAGAAUACCAGCCAGAGGAGAAACUGAAAGAAGCCGAGUUAGAGGACACAACUGAGGAAGAGACAGCCAAGGAUAAUGGUGAAGUUGAAGACCAGGAAGAGAAAGAAGAUGCAGAGAAGGAAAACACUGAGAAGGAUGAAGAUGAUGUUGAACAGGAACUUGCAAACACAGACCCUCUGUGGAUGGAGUCUCCUAAGGCUAAUGGCCAUAUUGAAAAUGGCCCAUUUUCUCUGGAGCAGCCGCUGGAGGAUGAAGAGGAUGAUGAAGAUGACUGUGCAAAUCCCGAGGAGUAUAACCUGGAUGAACCAAAUGCAGAGAGUGAUUACACGUAUAGCAGCUCCUAUGAACAAUUCAAUGGUGAAUUGCCAAAUGGACAACAUAAGAGUUCCUCCGAGUUUCCCACACCGUUGUUUUCUGGGCCCUUAGAACCUGUGGCCUGUGGUUCUGAGCUUUCAGAGGGAUCACCGCUUACAGAGCCGGAGGAGAGCAGUCCAUCCCAUGACAGAAGCAGGACAGUUUCAGCCUCCAGUACUGGGGACUUGCCAAAAACAAAAACUCGGGCAGCUGACCUGUUGGUGAACCCUCUGGAUCCACGGAAUGCAGAUAAAAUUAGAGUAAAAAUUGCUGACCUGGGAAAUGCUUGUUGGGUGCAUAAACAUUUCACAGAGGAUAUCCAGACACGUCAGUAUAGGUCCAUAGAGGUUUUGAUAGGAGCAGGCUACAGCACGCCCGCAGACAUUUGGAGUACAGCAUGCAUGGCAUUUGAGCUGGCCACAGGAGACUAUUUGUUCGAACCGCAUUCUGGGGAAGACUACUCCAGAGAUGAAGACCACAUAGCCCACAUCAUAGAGCUGCUAGGCAGUAUCCCAAGGCACUUUGCUCUGUCUGGAAAAUAUUCUCGGGAAUUCUUCAAUCGCAGAGAUCACAUAGCAUUGAUCAUUGAACUGCUGGGGAAAGUCCCUCGAAAAUACGCUAUGUUGGGGAAAUAUUCCAAGGAGUUUUUCACCAGAAAAGGAGAACUGCGGCACAUCACCAAGCUGAAGCCCUGGAGCCUCUUUGAUGUACUUGUGGAAAAGUAUGGCUGGCCCCAUGAAGAUGCUGCACAAUUUACAGAUUUCCUGAUCCCAAUGUUAGAGAUGGUUCCAGAAAAACGAGCCUCAGCUGGCGAAUGCCUUCGACAUCCUUGGUUGAAUUCUUAGCAGAUUCUACAAAUAUAGCAUUCUGAGCUAGCAGGUUUUCCCAGUACAUCGGACCUAAACAGUGGCUCUCAUUCUUUAACAGGAUUACAAGGGAGCUGGCUCCACCCUCAGACCUUUGUUUUGCUUUGAGGUACUGUUGUUUGACACUUUGCUUCCCGUGCACCAUGGUCCUGGGGAAUGGUGGUCUUUGUCUUCAGCUAAGUAGAUUACUGGCCAUUUUCUUCUGGAAACAAUAACAUGUCUCUAAGCAUUGUUUCUUGUGUUGUGUGACAUUUAAAUGUCAAUUUUUUUGAAUGAAAAAUACUUUCCCCUCUGUGUUUUGGCAGGUUCUGUAACUAUUUAUGAAGACAUAUUUUAGCUGAGUAUUAUAUAAUUUACAAUCUUAAGAAAUUAUCAGUUGGAACCAAGAAAGAGCAAGGAAAUGUACAAUUUUAUCUUCUGGCAAAAGGAAAUCAUUCCUGUAUUAUAGUGUAUGUAACUAUUAAUUUGCAAAAAUAGGGGAUGAGGAUUCACAUUCAGAAAAGCUACCCAGUCCUGAGUGCUUUUUAGCCUACAUUGCAUGUUGCAGAUUUCCACUGCUUCAAGAAGUUGUGCAAACUUUUCAUUCCAUGACAGUCCAAGUGGUUCUGGAUUAGGUGCCAUGCCCUCUGUGGCACUUUAGAGGAAGAAAAAACUUUAAAAAUUUGACAUAAUCUAGCAAUUCUAUUUGUAUUUUGCAUAUUUUAAAAACUAUGUUUAAAGUAUAAGUCAUUUCCACUUAAAAUGUGAUGGCCCAAUCCCAUGUAGUGUCGCCUCUUACAAGCACUGUAAGUUAAAUACAUAGAUUAAAUUGGACAAGAGAAAUAUGUUCAGUGUGUGGAAUGAAAAAAAAUAAUAUCUUUUUGGAAAAGCAUGAUCGUGUUGUUUAAAACACAAGGUAUGGCUUAUAUAGUUUGCAACGCAGUGGACAGAACGCUCCUCCCAGCUUAAAGGUAACGGUGAUCGUGUCCAUCCCAUAGGCAGCUUCCCUGGCUACUGCAGCUCCCCUUGCCUUUCGUUACUUCCCAUGAAGGCCAUUUCCCCUUUGCAGACCGCAUACAGUUUUAGUUUAUGCAUUUCCUUAAAAUUAACUGUAGAAUCCAGGAUACAAACCAUUAGUAGGCAAUACUAUUUUAGAAUGUAACAUAGGAGGUGUAUUUAGCCUCUUUUAGAAGUCAGUGGAUUGAAUGUCUUUUUUUAAAAACUUUUUAUUCAUUAAGGUGCCUCGUUUUUCUUGACCUUGUCCAUUAACAUUUAUCCAUAUGCCUUUGCAAUAAUUAGAUUGUGAAAAGCUAACAAGUGUUGUAACAAUAAUCCUUCGUUUGGGGUGCUUGCACUUGUCUUUAAUUAAAGUGUUUUGGGGUGUUUUUCCAGACAUUGCCUUGGUUAUUUGAAGAGACAGAAUCAACAUACAUUUGCUCUCAGUAGAGUGUCAACAAAAGGAGGUGCAGAUUAAGUCACGGGACAUGCAUUAGGGCAGAAUGGAUUUUAUGAAUGAGGCUUUAGUUAUAGCUUCAUUAUCUACAAUGUGGGUGUCCCCCCUUUUUAAAUCAGUGUUUCAUUGUAAGUGAAUGGUUUUCUCCUCCUACCCAGUCUUUCCCUCUGGGAACAAGAUACAUAUCCCUCUUAGGGGUUAACAUUAUUGUAUCAUACACUGUAGUGAGAUAGAAGGUGCCACUCAUUCAUAAACUAUGCAUGCUGAGUUUUUCUAAUGAGGCUAUGGGUUGCCUUAUAGAGCCUAUGACAGAUGGUUGCUGUUAAGUCAUGAUUUCUAUAGACACAUUCCUGUAAGAACCACAGAGUAAGUUUAUGUCUUCCCUACCUCUGAAAGAACUUUUACGAUUUGAAUGAAAUUUGUCUAAUGCAGUUAGAAAUGUCAAGUUGGAAAAGGAAGCUAGAAUAUUAUUCUUAAGGUGGUUCUUCUAUUAAUACCCAAACUAGCUUACGGUAUACAAGGAGUUCUAGAAUACACUUUUGUGAUUGGUACCAUAUGGUUCUAUCAGAUUCUUGGUAGCAUGAUGAAAAGAAUAAAUGUAAAGGUUGGCUGUUGGGGCGCACUCCUUUAAUCUCAGCACUUGGGAGGCAGAGGCAGGAAGAUCUCUGAGUUUGAAGCCAGCCUGGUCUGCAUAAGUUCUAGCCCACCCAAGGCUAUAUAGUGAGAUCCUGUAUUGAAAGCCUAGGAAGAAAGAAAAGAAUAAAAACUUAAAGUGAACCAUUGGUUAUUUGAAACAUUAUAGUCAACUAAGUCUUUUUAGUGGAAAGACCCUGUGAAAUCUCCAUAGAAAAUUACAAGCAGUGGGUCUCAUGUGACCUUUAACAGAUUUAGAAAUAGCUAAUCUAAAAAUUGGCAGAGCGGUCCAAAGAAAAAGUGGGUAUUAGGGAGUUUGAAGUAAGUAUACUUUUUAGGCAAGAUCUUGUUUUUCCAUAUUCUCUGCACCAUGCAUAACAGGUAAAACUUUCAUUGGAAUAGAAAACACGUUCAGUUUAUUUUUCUUUUCUUCUUCUUAUUUUGUGAGGCAAAAACUCAGAGAUCUGCCUACCUAGGCAUGCCAACCCCCUCCCACCCCUCAACCACACACACACACACCCUCUUUCUCUUAAGUUUGUACAGUGUGUUCAUUAAAGAUUAUAUUUAGUUGAUGUCUUUCAGUUUGCAUAAGAUCUUUCAUUAUGAAUUACUUAUAUAGCCGGCUACUUUGAAAGUCAGUGGACAAGUGAUUGAUUUUAAGGAUGAAUAUCCCUGUUUCUUUGGUCUAUUUGAAAUUGUCAAGGAGGGACAAUGUGAACCUAUCCAGUUUUUAGACUAAGGUUUCUUUAGUAAACAUCCUAAGGAGAACAUUGGUAAGUGAAAGAUGGCAAGGUACCUGGUGUUCUUCAAAAACUUGAAGAUUUGUUUUAAGCCCUAAAUGAGCUAUAUUCUUGAAUACCAUCAGAGUUAAUUUUCAAAUUGGAAUUAAAUGAUAAAACAUGAUUUAAAUCACUACCAAAUUUAACUCUAAGUUUACUGUUUUUCCUGAUGCACAAAACUUAUAUACUGUGCCCAACUGUGUCAUGUGUUUGGAAGGUGGUAAAUAGGGUCACUCCUGAGAGGUAGACACCAGAAGCUGGUAAUGGAAAUAAGUCACAGCUGAUGGAUCUUCUUUCAGUAAUAAAAUAUUCACUGAGACCCUCUUCAUUCUAUUAUUUGACAUAUUUCAGAAUAACGCCUUUCCCCCUUGGUUUUGUUUAAAGAGAUCUAUUUUCUACAAUUUAAAAAAAAGCUCUAAAGCAAGGUAUUAAAUACUACAUUUUUAUAUCAGUUUUAAUUAUUAGUGGAGGUAUUUCAGUCACAUUCUAUAAACUGUACAAAUUAAAUCUCCCUGUGUUAUAAGUACUGCAGUAUGCAACUGUACAGGAUGGAAUGACUCAGUAAUGUGGAUUCAUGUUGUGUUAGAACGUUAGACUCUGAGUUUGUUAGCUGAGUCACAUGGUGUGGCUACUGAGUUUCCUGUGACGCAUGCUCCUAGAGACAAGGCCAGUAUUUGUUGGAGAGGACUGUGGGACACUGUGGGACCCGCCCAGACUGGCUGCCAGUAGCUUGCAGUGCAGCUGAGGUAGCAGCUACUGAAGAAAAUGGAUGAUGGUUCUUUACUUACAAAUUAUAUUUGAAAAUUGUAACUUUUGUAAAAUCAUUAAGCAGACCUAAAUCUCAGAAGUUGUACAGAACAAUUUAGUAAAACUGACAUAAUUGUGGUUUAUUAACAUGAAUUAAAAUGCCCAACCAGUGCUUCAAUGUGACAGCAUAUUU